CCCUCUUUUCCUCUUCUCUUCUCCCUCUCGGAGUCGGAGCAGCAGAAAACCCACGAGCACUCAAAUUAUCGUUUUCCAGUUUCAAAUCUCACUCCAAAAAAAAAAAUAAAAAAACGAAAGAGAAAAGUAGGAUUCUCUCUCCCUCUCCGUUCUAGGGUUUCCGCUUCCGCCAUUGCCACGCACGUUCGCGCAUUCUCUUUCCGCCACUGCGACCAUUGCUUGCUCCGAGCUCGCCGGAACUUUCGAUUGCUGCCGGUUGGGAUUCUCCGAUUCGGUGUCGUUUUUGGUAAUUGCGAGGCGUUUUGUUGGGACUCGGAGGAAGGCUGCUUGUACGGACUGUGGUGUAUGCGAGUCUCGAUGGUAUGUUCACUUGGAAGUGGGAGGAUGGCUGUCAUGGCAAGGCUUCUGGCAGGCGGGACUGUCUCACAAAGCAUAACAGAAGAUGUUGGCCAUCAGAAGUUUGCCGCUCAAAUAAUUUGCAGAGAAUUAAGUGAGGCAAAUGAAGCUAAUUUGCUUGACGAAGAAGAUAUGCAUGUGUUUGGUUUGAAGCCGAUGGAUGAUCCUUUACAUUUGGUGUGUUGCAAUGCUUGUAAAAAACCAGUCAAGGCCAGUCAGUAUGUGGCUCAUGCAGAACUUUGUAGGUCCUUAAAUUCUAUGCAGGAAACUACUUUGGAGCUUGAUGGAAGUAUGGGGCAAAGGAAGCCUCCGAAGAAGGAGAGGAAAAAGUUAUCAAUUGCUCAUUCUAACCAGUCCACUUUAGUUGGAGAGCUAGAACGAUCUGAAUCUAUAGAUGCAGAUGAUAUCACUGUGUCACGAUUCCAGUUGGAUGGGAAAAUGGGAAUGAAUCCUGGCUCUUUUAUGGAGGCAAAAACUUAUGUAGAUGUGACAAUCAUGAUGGAUGGUUCCGGAGUUAGUCCAGGAAAUACCAAUGGCUCAACAUCUGUGAUGCUUCCACCAACGAAACGAUUUAAAAUGGUAGCAGGUCAGCAGCUGCCACUAUCAGAUGAUAUAGGAACAGCAUCUGCUGUAUCAAAACUUGCAAGUACUCAGGAUGCAUGUCCUUAUAGGGAUUCUCCAAAAGGAGCCAUUCCUGCAAGUGAAAUACCUUAUCCUGCUCUUAAGUAUAAGAAGUCCGGGCAAGCCCUUGAAUGCUGCCUGCCAAUUAAAGAUUGUCCUCUUCCCCUUGCUACUAAAGUAUAUUACUCUCAAAGAUGCAAUCGACUCCGGUCAGAUCUUAGUCAUCUUUAUCAUGAGGCAAUGGCAUCGACUGAGGAGCUUUGUAGUGACAUGAGAGACUCACAGCAUUUGCCUUCUUUAAGGAAACCUGAUCAAAUUCUCGCACAAAAUUCAGAAGUUUGCUUGGGGAACUCGGUAGGUUGCCAGCCUGACGGUGACUUCUCGAAUCAGUUACCCGUGGAUAAUGUUCCAAGGCCUGAGGUGGCUAGUGUUCGUUUAACUAGAAGCAAAAUUCUUUCGAAACCUUAUUCUUUUGCGGGUAACUCAGGACAAUCACUGGGGAUCAUGCAACAGAAAACUGGCAGCAUUCACGUAAUAUAGGAGUCCUGGUAGGAAUUUUUGCCUCGGUUAAGGUUCAAAUUGAACCUAAUACUUGAGGUUAGGACAUAGGUUUCUUUUCCGAAAUUGACUAUACUCAUCAGUAAAACGUUCAUUCGAGGCCUCUACAUAAGAAUCAAUGACUGAGCAAUGUUUGUAUAUCGCUUGCUGUCCCAAGUUUCUGUACGAAGAAAUGCUACUCUCGAAUUUUUAAAUAUGACUAUUUGUGGCCUUUUAAUUGAUGCAAUAUUCUUUCUGUUACAUU